GGAUUCUUUUGCCCUGGUCUCCAUUCACUUGUACCGCAUCCCCAUGUACUCAUUCUACCAACAUCAAGAUGCACUCCUACUUACAGUACAUGAAAAGGAAAGUCAAAGGUUCGCCAGCUCCUCCAUACAACCAUGUGUGUCAGGUUGGAGAUCCUGUGUUACGUUCACGGGCUGCGGCGGUGGAACCUGGAGCCAUUCAGGGACCAGAAGUGCAGAAGGUCAUAAAGACCCUGGUCAAGGUGAUGAGGAAGCUUGAGUGUGUCGGCCUGAGUGCACCCCAGAUUGGUGUUCCUCUACAAAUAUUAGCCUUAGCGUAUCCAAAGAAAAUGCUGGAGGACAACUCAAUCGCUUCUUUUGAAGCUCGGGGUCUGGUGGCAGUGCCCCUUAUGAUUUUUGUAAACCAGUUACGUGUACUAGAUGGAUGCACUGUCAUCUUCCAAGAAGCUUGUGAGAGCAUCUGUGGCUAUUCGGCAUCUGUUCCACGCUAUGUGUCUGUUGAAGUCUCAGGUCUUAAUGAGAAAGCGGAGCCUGUCAGCUGGCAAGCAAGUGGAUGGCCGGCCAGAAUAGUGCAGCAUGAAAUAGAUCAUCUUAAUGGAGUGUUAUAUAUUGAUCGCAUGGAUAGUAAAACCUUCAUUAACGUAAAAUGGGAAGAGUAUAAUGAAUGAAGCUUUGGGAACUUCAUUGCAACCUUACCUUUGUAUUUCAGAGAAAAUGGAUAUUCCUAUCAAUCCUGUGUUAUCUGAAACAAGCAUUUUAUCACAUUUCACACUGAACAUUUACAAUCAAGCUAGUUUCCACUUUGGCUAUGCAGAUAGUAUACAACUAAAUGGAGAUUACACCACCUUUAUCUCCAAUAGCAAG